AAUAAUCCAAAUUUCCUACAAUUAGAAACUCUACUCCAUCUCCUUCUACCCCUUGCAAUUUGCAAACCCUAACCCCAAAAUCAAUUUGUCCCUAUAGUUGUUGGCGAAUACCCAAUUCCGAUUUUUGUUCAAUCUCCGAUACCCACUUGUAAUCUUGACUAAAGAUUCGAUCUUUGGGGAUCAAUUUUUUCUCUGAGAAAAGAAGACGAAUAAAGGAAUUAGGGUUUAGGAGUUAGAGGAGGAGGAAGAUGGUGAUCACGAUUGAAGAUUUGAGGAAAAAUGAGACCAGGCUUUGUGGGUCUUUCUUGAAAAUGGUUGAUGAUGUGAAAGCCAUGGCCACCGACCCAUCUGAGCAACAAGUGCUUCUGACCCAGAUGGUUUUGAAGGAGUUGAUGAUGAAUAGGAACAAACCAGAAGCAGCAUUCUCACUUGGUUUUCCCAAAAAGAAGAGAUCUGGAUCUAGAGGGAUGCAAAAGCAGAAUCAGAAUCAGAAGCAGAGGAUCAUCAUCAAAUUCAAACGCUGCGUCUCUGCCACUACAGGUAUUGCUUCUUAUUCUUGCUCUGUUUCCCCUGAUUCUGGUAUUGUUGGAUCUAGAGGGAUGCAAAAGCAGAAUCAGAAUCAGAAGCAGAGGAUCAUCAUCAAAUUCAAACGCUGCGUCUCUGCCACUACAGGUAUUGCUUCUUAUUCUUGCUCUGUUUCCCCUGAUUCUGGUAUUGUUGUAAACCCAGACCCACUUCAUGAUGAUCAGAAACAGGAUUUGAAAUUGAAAUUGAAAUUGAAGAGCAAGAAGAGGUGCUACUCUGAAAUCGAACAAGCAGGCGAUGAAGGUUUCGAAGACAUAAACUCGAAAAGGCUGAGAAAGGGAAAGAAUCAUAAGAGGGUCUUACCAAGUGCGCAAUCGAUGACUGAGUAUUUUCCAAAGGAAGAGUUGCAGGAUCGUUUUCGUGGAUCAGAUCACCCAAAGCCAAGAGCAAGAGCAAUAGCAAUAGCAGGGAAGAGGAAUGAGAUCAAGAUCAGUAUGACCAGCUUUGCUUUGUCCUUGUUAAUCUGCUUUCUUCUUGCAGUUUAUGUUCAACAGUAAUUCAGUGAACAACUUUCAUUUUUCCGGUAUGGUUUUUGUAAUUUUAAUACUUUCUCUAUUUCCCCAAAGCUCAGUAUCGCAUAUCUUCAUUCUCUUUCUCUCAGAUCAUUCAGUAUGCUCUUUGAGUUUGGGGGAAGCAUCCAAUUUCUUCUUAUGUUUACCUGGUAUGUUAGCUUACAUGUGCUCUUUUAGUUUUAGACUGGGCUUAUUAAUGCUUUUAAUCAUUUAUCUUUGUUCAUUCUCUUCUUAAUGGUGACAACUCAUAUAUAAGAAUUAGCUAUGCUUCUGAUUUUUACCCAACUGGCAUGGUGUUCUGCUUGUGUACUAUAGGUUGAAUUACUUGCACUAGGCUAUGUUUAGGAUGAAGGAUGUCUAGUUUCAACAUCUUUGUUUCUUUUGUCCGGAGAACUGAAGGAAUGUUGGUUUAAUUCACCGCAGCAAUUUGAGAUAUGGCUCAUUAAUUUUGGUGCUGAUUAAUGGAAUGUGCUUUAGUUUGAGCUGCAUCUGUCCUUGUUUUUGAAAUGAUUUGAUGUCUUAGUAUGCAAUUUGAGCUAUGUUUUUCAAAUCAGGUUGGUUUAUGAAUUAUUUCCAUUUAUUUUCAUGAAGAUGAGUACUCUCACAUUUAGGUUCCAAAUCUUCUUUAUUGCAUAAAACUUCCUAGAAGUAGGGAUGCAAAAUUCCUCACCGAACAGAUGACGAUAUCAGCUAUUCUCCUCCCUGUCGAAUUGUGCGUAUGGAAGUAGCUCUAUAAAUGAUAUUGAAGUUUGACAUUGGUUCCCUGGUGGUGAGUACUUAAAGAUCUACCAUAUGGCAGGAGAGCAAAAGGCCUAUAUAUAUAUAUACACUUGGUCCCUUACCUUUUGGUUAUUGUUUUGGUUCUUGCUGCAGGUUUCUGAACUUAUGCUCGUCCUUUAGUGAGGAUUGGAUGAUCUGUUUGAAAAAGUGAAACUAUCCUCUUUGUAAUAUCUGAAUAAAGUACUUGUACUUCUCCAACAGUCCAUCUUCUUGAGUUUUUUUAUUGCAUAUCUUGUUUUAUCCCGGCCAUAUAUAAAUGAGUAGACUAUUUUUCGCUGGGGGUUUAUACUUUGUAC